AUGUUUCCUAGCUUCAGCUCGUUCAAGCAGUCCGCGCAAGAGCAGGGUGAGGAAGAUGAAAAUGAUAGACGCAAGAGAUCACGCCAAGACAGAGACGACAAACCCAGAAAACGCCACGAACGCGGCAGCGACAGACGCAGACACAGGCACAGGGAGGGACUCAGAGACUCGGAAAGACGGUCUAGAAGAACAGAUCACGAGCACGACAAACCGGCAUUUACGACUGAUGUGAUUAACGAGAGAAUUGGCCAUGCCAGCCAUUUAUUCUUUCUAGACGAGACUGGAGAUGAUGCAUUGUUGAAGUUCUCACAGCCUUAUAGAAAGGAACUUCCAACAUACAGGAGGGCUUCCAACCUAGUUGUGGGAGACCACCUCCGGAUUAUCCCUAGCAAGGAGGAUUUUGAGAAGUUUUUAGUAACAUUAUGUCGGGUGAAUCCAUCAGAAGUGCCAAGCUCCAGUCAUGAUUCAGGUACAGAUUCCGCUUACUAUCUCAAAUACCACCAGUGUCCUAAGAAGUCAGUUCCUUACUACAUGGUAGCCGAGGAGGGGUCUUCCACUGUGACCACCGACAGCUUCAUCUCAAUUGAAGAGACCCCAUCUACUACCGAUGAUAUCCUCAAGGGUUUGUUGCAGCAGAGAAUGCAGAUUCAACGAGACUUGAAUAUGCACCCCACCGUCAGUCAAUGGGAGCAGAUGGCUGCCAUUCAGGAGGCGAUUGCGAUUCUGGGCUCAUCCAAACUGAAGCUAAGUGAAGACCAAAAGCUACAGUUGAAUAUUUCUGUUUUCACUGUCGCCCUGAAGGGGCUUCCCGAGGAGCCAGAUAUUGUGCUGAGGUACAUGGAUGCAUUCGAAGGUCUUCUCUCACUCAAUAAUAUUGAUUCUGAUGUGAACACAAAGUGGAAGUCCUUCACUGCGUACGACCAGAACCCACCAAAAUCACUGGUUGCUGACGUGCGUAUCUGGGAAAGAAGAGUAGACGCGCUACUGCUGGACAGACACAGCAACUUCACAACAAUCUACCUUGGAUUGGAGAAGAUCUUCGCCGACAUUAAGGAGUGGAAGACCAAGGAUGAGUCAGUUGACAUGGAUACUAUUUACCAUGCUAGUCUUCGGCGCUUGUUUGUCAUUUGGGACGAUCUAGGAUACACAACGUGGACUGUGAACCUCAUACAAGCCUUACUAGAGCACGCUUUCUUCUUCAAAUAUGAUGAGUCUUUGGAAGACUUUUGGAGCACACGGCAGCCCCGACUGGGCGAUUCGCGAUCCAAGGGAUGGAAGUACUCGCCCAAGGAUCCAGUUUCAUUACCUGAGGGCACCGAUGAUCGGACCCCAUUCGACGAAGUCUUAUUCGAAGACAUUUCGCCCUUUAUACAAACUUCUCAAGACAACCUACAGCUGCUCUGGGCGUGUUUGUUACACAUGGGACUUAUCAUUCCGGGAAAGACCCUUCCUCGGUCUCUUAUGUUUGAAAUCUCAGAAGACCAGAUUGUCAACAACCCCCAGGUCACUUCUCAGGCAAUUCAUCUGUGUGAGUUGAUUUUCAGGGAAGUGGAGGAUGAUCCCGACUAUAAAGCAUUUACUACCUGGUGGGGCGAUUCGGACUACACGGCUGACUCUUCAAACGAGCUUUUCGAGGUUGGUACGAGAAUCAGGAGCAUGGCAAGUAGAGGCUUGGCCUUUGACCCUAGAAUAUUUAGCAAGCUAGAACAAUUCCUUGAUACGGAGCCAGGCUGGCAGCUGUUUCUCACUUACGGGCAGCUCACUGGGCUCGACUGCUCUUAUAUUCUCAGAGAGGCUGUUUCUCGCAUCCCGAUGCCAUUUUCUUGGUGGAAGGCAUACAUUGAGUCAGUUGGAAACGCGGAGAAACAAGAGCUGAUGCAUCUGGCAUUACACAAGUUGCCAUGGAGUCGGGAUUUGCAUGUUUGGCUGAACCAGUGUGACUGGGUGUCUCCUGACCAUAAAGAAGCAAUCAGAACCGCCAUGAUGAGACGACAAAUGAACAUCUCGUUGGGCGUUCUUGAUGAUGAUACAUCGUAG